AUGGACUGUAUUAAAAAAUCAAUUUUGCCGAAUGCAGUUGAAUCCGAAUUUGCAGUCAAUGCGCUUGAAGUUGUUAAGAUUAAAUUUGUCAGUAGUGUCGAGGAAAUAGAGAGCGCUGAAGGAUAUAAGCCAGAAUUUGCCUAUCAGCAUUUUGGUCAGAAUCUUGUUCCGGUCUUUUCCAGUGAAACCAUAUUUGGGUACUCAGGACUCUCCGUCAUCCUCGCUUAUACGUCUGCUACUAUGUACAUCUUUCCGGUUAUCAGUUUCGAAAAGACGAUCUCAAGUGUCAGAAGCGAUAUUAAGCCGGAUAACAUAUGCGAGAAACUAAGAGUUCAACUUCCUAAGUGGGACAUGGAUGCUAUGGUGAGUUCAAAAGAAAAAUUUAGGAUUCGGCUGGAAGAACAAACCACUUUUGAGCCAUAUGGAGAACUGUUGUCUAAGUUUGUAACUAAUGGGAAGGAGAUGCAGGUCUGGAAGGUAGUAGAGCGUUCCCCCUCAUUUGAUCGCUAUUUGGCUCGGGUGCAGACGUUGGCACUGUGGUACAUUGAAGCGGCCCAGUAUACAGAUAAUGAUGACCCCCGAUGGUGCCACUACUUUGUAUAUGAGAGCAAGAGAAGUCUAGAAGGAGGAAGGCAUUUAUAUUUUUUGGCAGGCUAUUGUUCAAUUUAUAACUUCUAUUGUUACCCUGAACAUAUACGUCCACGAAUUGCACAGAUCAUGCUUCUAGCCCCCUACCGAAGGGAGGGUAACGGAGCAAAGUUUCUUCAAAGUAUAUAUAAUGAUUUGAGGACGAAUAAGAUGGUCAGAGACAUUACUGUUGAAGAUCCUGCAGACGAGUUCAUUUACUUGCGUGACUAUGUUGAUUGUUUGAAUUGCUCCAAACUGCAGGAAUUUGCACCGGAGAAUUUAGUUAAUGGCUUCAGUGAUAAAAUGAGAGAUGCUGCGCGUGAGAAGUUGAAGAUUAAUGCAAUGCAGUGUCGUCGUGUUUACGAAAUCUUGCGUUAUAUGCAUACGGAUAUAAAGGACCCGUCGUCACUCAAGGCGUACAGGAUCGACGUAAAAAGGAGACUGGAAAAGCCAUUGAAGAAGAGUGAGCGGGAUUGGAGGAAAAUUGCAAGAGCAUUAGAUGAACGGGAGUUGGCUGCAGUGGUUGCUGGGCAGAUGGACCCUGAGCAGAGGCUCAAAAUAUUGCAGCAACAGUACGAACAGUUAAUUGAUGAUUAUAAAGUUACAAUAAGCAGGUUGAAAACGUUUACAACAAUAUUUUGA